GUCGCCGUGAUUCAACCCUUCGAAGAGGACCUUGUGGAGAUGGAAUGGUGCAGUCUGCUGGGACAAGUUUUCAGCCUCUGAAAAACACCGGAAUCAUGGACAGUCCGCUGUGCACCCGACUUUGUCCACACUCUCUGGACAAGGAGGAUGGAGCGGAGAAACAAAGUCCUGUCACUCUGAACCCUCGGCAUAUGAGGAAGGCGUUUAAAGUCAUGAAUGAGCUGCGCAGCCAGAGCCUGUUGUGCGACGUGACUAUAGUUGCAGAAGAUGUGGAGAUUGCUGCUCACAGAGUGGUUUUGGCUGCUGGAAGCCCUUACUUUCAUGCUAUGUUUACUGGGGAGAUGGCAGAGAGCAGGGCCAAACGAGUGAGAAUAAAGGAAGUGGACGGCUGGACGCUGGGCCUGCUGGUGGACUAUAUCUACACAGCAGAGAUACAAGUCACAGAGGAUAAUGUUCAGGCUCUCCUGCCAGCAGCAGGACUUCUUCAGCUCAUCGAGGUAAAAAAGGCUUGUUGUGAGUUCCUGAGCUCUCAGCUGCAUCCGUCCAACUGUCUGGGGAUACGAGCCUUCGCCGACCUACAUGCCUGCUCCCAACUCCUUGCACAGGCUAAUAGCUAUGCAGAGCAAUAUUUCACUGAGGUGGUUGGAACUGAAGAGUUUCUCAAUCUGGGCAUGGAGCAAGUGUCCAGCCUGAUCGCCAGCGAUAAGCUCACCAUCCAUACAGAAGAGAAGGUUUUUGAAGCAGUGAUAGCUUGGGUAAACCACGACAAAGAUGUCCGCCAGGAACACUUGGCUCACCUGAUGGAGCAUGUCCGCCUACCGCUCCUCUCCAGAGAAUACCUGGUGCAGCGUGUGGAAGAGGAGUCCCUGAUCAAGAACAGCAGUGCAUGUAAAGACUACCUGAUCGAGGCCAUGAAGUACCACCUUCUACCAGCUGACCAGAGAGCUCUGAUGAAGACGGCUCGCACCCGAAUGAGAACUCCCGCCUGCUGUCCGAAGGUGAUGGUAGUGGUUGGAGGUCAGGCUCCUAAAGCUAUCCGGAGUGUUGAGAUUUAUGACUUUGAGGAACAGCGAUGGCACCAAGUGGCUGAACUCCCUACCAGGAGGUGCAGAGCAGGUGUGGUUUACAUGAGUGGGUGUGUGUAUGCGGUUGGCGGUUUCAACGGCUCUUUGCGUGUGCGGACGGUGGACUGUUACGACCCGGUGAUGGAUCGCUGGACGAGUGUGAGCAGCAUGCAGGAUCGGCGCUCUACGCUCGGUGCUGCUGUCCUGAACGGACUCCUCUAUGCUGUCGGAGGCUUCGACGGCAGCACGGGCCUUUCCACAAUCGAAGCGUACAACGCCAAGACAGACGAGUGGUUCCACGUGUUGCCCAUGAGCACCAGGCGCAGCAGCGUAGGAGUGGGUGUUGUCAACGGGGUCCUGUAUGCUGUUGGAGGUUACGAUGGAGCCACCAGGCAGUGUUUAAGUACCGUAGAAGCCUACAAUUCUAAAAGCAACACAUGGAGUUAUAUAGCAGAGAUGGGCACGAGACGCAGUGGAGCAGGUGUAGGUGUGUUGAAAGGUUUGUUGUAUGCUGUGGGGGGGCAUGACGGUCCGUUAGUGAGAAAGAGCUGUGAAGUCUAUGAUCCAGCUUCAAACAGCUGGCGACAGGUUGCUGACAUGAACAUGUGUCGACGCAACGCAGGUGUGUGUGCUGUAAACAACUUGCUGUAUGUGGUGGGAGGAGAUGAUGGUAGUUGUAAUUUGGCCUCGGUGGAGUUCUACAAUCCGAACACGGAUAAGUGGACGCUACUGCCGACCUGCAUGAGCACAGGCCGCAGUUAUGCAGGUGUGACCAUGAUCGACAAGCCCUUAUGA